GCCCUUUCCGUUCAGAUCUGUUCAUUGUCAUCCAGACACCUGCAGACCCGACAAAAGCUUUUAUGCGCACCAAGUUGUUGAUUUAUUAUCCGCUCAGUACAAGUAGCGCAGGCCUCUAUUUAUUCAUUUCCGCCUCGCCUAAAAUUGGGUCCAGACGUGCUGCUUUGGAGCUAGUAAGCGCCAAGAUGGCAAGAAACAUCGAUCUUGCAUGAAAUUAAAGCAAGGAAAAUGGUAUCCUUAUUGAUUUCAUAGAAACGGUGUACGUACAAAAUUAUGAACUUGCAAUUUUUCUCUGACAUCUGAAAUGGAUGCCAAAACGGGAUCAAAACUACAUGAGUUGCUGGUGUUUGUUUUUAUUUCUGCUCUAAUUGGGGAGCUUCCAGCCAUUUCGCAAUCACAAGAUCCUUAUGAUUUGGUCUUUGUGGCCAACCUGGAGCCUCCAGGACUUUUCAAGGCUCCCACGGAAACCUUCAACUUCACACUCAUUCCAGGGUUGAAUGGUAGCCAUAGCAACAUAAGCCGACCCGUUGCCAUUGACUAUGACCCUGAAGAAGGAAUGGUGUACUGGACUGACGUUGUGCUUCACAGCCUCAGUCGGGCCUUUUUGAACGGAAGUGGAUUUGAAAUUCUUGUCUCGGAUCUACAUAGGCCUGAUGGGAUGGCUCUUGACAUUGUGAAUCGUCUGAUGUACUGGACCGAUACAGGCAGUGAUCUGAUAGAGCGAGCUACCAUGGAUGGUCAGGGUCGAUCCGUUGUUCAUAACUUUACAAAAACGACAGGGGCAGUGGAACCCAGAGCGAUUGUAAUAGACCCUAGAAACAAUCAUUUGUACUGGACGGAUUGGGGCAGCUACCCAAGGAUUGAGCGAUCUGACACAGAUGGAUCAGGUCGUCGUGUUCUGAUUGACACCGAUCUUCGGUGGCCAAAUGGCUUAGCUUUGGACUUGGAAGGCGAAAAAAUGUACUGGUGCGAUGCCGGCAUAGAUCGCAUUGAAUACUCCGAUCUUUUGGGCCAGGGCCGGACUGUUCUUGCUUCCAUAAGUGGUUUUCACCCAUUUGAUCUUUUCUUCUAUAACGAUGACAUCUACUGGACUGAUUGGACGAGAAACUCUGUUGUUCGUGUCGAUGCUGAUGGAAGUCGCGAAGCUUACGGCUCUGCAAGUUUUGGUCGUGCAGGAGGUAUCCACGUAUUUAAAGAAGACAUUCCCCCCAAUUUCACCACGGGUUGCCCCAGCAACAUAACGCGUCUCGCAGAUGACAAUCAGGCGUCUGUCCCUGUGUCAUGGCCUGAGGUGACUGCGUCAGAUUGGACUUUGCCCUUACGGUGGAUCCAGAGCCAUCGACCUGGUGACGCGUUUUCAGUUGGUAAUGUUACCAUGGUAUCUUACACGGUGAUGGAUCGAGCGGGAAACUCAGCAUAUUGUAACUUCACUGUGACUGUCACGGGACUCGGACUGGACUGUCCAUCCAAUGUCACAGCUAUCGCUGGUCCUGGUGAUUCCACUGUCACUGUAUCGUGGGUGCAACCAAAGGUCGUCUUCAAUGGUCCCCCACAACCAGUGAUAUUCUACAUUGGCACCCCACCCACACAGAGCACUGGUGAAAAUGAUGCACAGGUUCUUGUGUACUCGGAUCACCAGCCAGGGGAAGCGUUUGGUAUUGGUGUCACUGAUGUCACAUAUCGUACCAAGGGACUUGAGACACAGUGCCAAUUUAGUGUCAGUGUCACUGUCACCGAUACUGAACCUCCCAAGAUCAAUGGUUGUCCUGGUGAUACCAUCGUCCCUGUCAAGCCGCCGUCCAAUCAGACAUCUUACAGCUGGACUCCUCCUGUGAUCUCUGACAACUCUGGUUCAGCAAGUAUCACUUUCAGCUGCCAAGCAGCUGUCUGCAAUCAAACUGGGCAAAAUGGUAUCUUUGCAGUUGGUGUUACUGAAGUGACUUACAGUGCUGUUGACGCCUUAGGCAACCGGAACAUGUGCCGUUUCACCAUCACAGUUACAGGAGUGGGUCUAGUCUGUCCUGCAAAUUUGGUAGUCGAUGCUGAACCGGGUUUCACCAGCAUCAGUGUGAGCUGGUCAGAACCGGAAGUAACCGGAUGGAACGGGCCCACCAACCUCACCUCCAACUUCAAUCCUAGUGAUGUCUUCCUGAUUGGCAACCAUAACAUCAGCUAUCGCCAGACCUUUGCAGCAUACGGUGUGGUUGUAGAAUGCUCCUUUUCACUUCAAGUUGUUGGUUUCUGUGCCAGAAGCACUACAAAUGAUCCGCUCCUGGGAAGGUUGGAGUGGCCUGAGACCAAAGCAGGGUUGACUGCGUUGUCUGUUGAUAGAUGCACACUUGACACUACAAAUGCUGGAGAUCCAUUAUCUGUUCGGAACUGUUCCAUCGUUGCGCCUCCCCGGUAUUUCUCGUGGGGGGCUCGAGAACCUCGUAGCUGUGGUACAAGAAGGAAUGAUGUCACUUUUGAAGAUGUCGAGAAGGUUUUCUGUGCUUUUGAAAUUUAAGCAAAGCGUGCAUUAAUUUGCAUUACAGUGGCCAUUAUUAGGCAGUUUGUCUAGUCCCUGCAUUUGUUAUAUUUCAGUUAAUUGUGUUGUUUGUGUGACCCUGGGAAGAAAACGUUUAUUUUUUUCCAUUUGGUAGGUGAAUGUCAGUGUAGGAAAUGCAGUCGAGGUGGCUGGGUUUCUGGUCAAUGAGACAUCAAGAUCAUCUGGUGCAGAAAAUGUUGCAGCAGUUU